AUGAAUAACAAACGAUUUAAAACAUUAUCUGGAUAUUGGAGCAAUAUUUCACCUGUAAAAGAAGGUAAAAAAAAUCAUAAUUUUGCCGAAGGUCAUAUUCAAACUGGUAUGAAUCAAGAAGAAAAAGUCUUAUUUUUUUUUCAAAAACCAAAUACAACAAGUGCUGCUUAUGAAAAUGCUUUAACAGCUUGUCGUGAAAAAAAAUCAAGUUUAGUAUCUGGUUUAUCAGAAGAUUCAGAAGGUUGCUUUUUAACAUGUCGUACAACUGAAAUUAAACCAAAAGCUGUUAUAUUUGAACGUCGUAAAUCAUCGAAUGAAACAACUGAUCUUAAUGCUAUCGUUAAUAAUGAUGUAGAUGGCAUAUUAAAUGAUGAUACUGUAACAAUUACUGGUCGUAUAUUCAAAUUACAUAAUCAAACAAUAAUAAAGAAGUUUGAUAGUACAAAGCAAAGUAAAAUUGAUAAAGUAUGUCGUGGUGGUGUGAUUGCAAAUGAAACAGGUGCAUUGAUAAUUAUGUUAUGGGAAAAUCUUGCAAAAGAAAUAGUCGAAAACGACAAUAUUACAUUGAAACACAUGCGAAAAAUGGUUGAUGCUAAUGGUAUUACUUUUUUUAGUUCAACAUUUCGUACAGAAUUUACAAAAUCCACAACUGAAUUAUCGAAUUAUGAUGAAGAAGGUGCACAAGAAUUAUUUGAUGUUAAAGUUCAAUUGUUUAAAGAAACUGUAUGUGUUGUCGAAUCUGUUGUUGUUGAUAUUAAUACAGUAUGUCCACGUUGUAAAACAAAGUGUACAUCUGAUGAACGAAUUGUAACAUGUUCGAAUUCAGCUUGUGGUGCAUCGUUUAAAAGAAAAACAAAUUCAAUUCGUGCUGAUAUAACUGCACGUGACGAUAAAAAUGAAUGUUUAUAUUUAACAGCUUAUCAAGAUGUUUUGGGUGAAUCAGCUGGUGAAAUUGAUAAAGAUACAAUAAUCGAUUUUUUUAUGGACAACGACGACAAAUUUAAAAUCAUGUAUCAUUUUCGUUCAAAAGUCAUCGAAAAAAUUCAAAGUAAUUAA